GAAUUUUCUUUCUUUCCUUAGCCGUGAAGAUCCCUGCUAAGAAAGCUGCUGUCGAAGCGUCGCCCAGUACUGCUAAGAAGCCUUCGACAAAGGUAAGUCGAAAACCCUCAACAAUCCAAAAGAAGAAGAGUGAAGAGGAGAGAAAAGAGGAUAAAGUCCCUAGUGAAGAGUCUGGUGAUGAAUCUCCAAGUUAAUCCCUCCCCCUCAGAAGAAAAAGAAACUCACGAAGGUCUCUUCCCAAAGGUCCAUUGUUAACCCAAUCAGGAAGGAUUCUGCCAGUACUUCUCCUGCCAAGCCUCAGUCGAAAGAUAUGGGGAGUGGGAAAUCCGGUUUUAAUACUGAAAUUCCUGAGGAACAAGUGGCUGUCGAAAAAACGCCUGAGAAAAUUUUGGAGGAAACAGCCCCAGAGGAAGAUGUCCCCACAAGUGACCAUGAUAUGCAAACCGUAGAAGAAUUCGACACUACAGUGGGUGACGCCUCUGAAGAUGAAUCUCCUCCUCAUCCAGGAUUGCAUGUUGCACCUCAGGGUGAUGAUAUUGAAAUGGAGGUUGUAGUCGAAGAUGAUCCUGAAGAUGGAGCUGCCAGAGAUGGGGACAACCAGUCGAAACGAACAGAGGUUGAGCGUAUUUCGACGCGAAACACUCCACCUGCUUCUGACCGGGCCCAAGGGAGUGGCAAAUCAACUGGUUCGACCAGUUUCUCUCGCGAGGAGCUUGAAAAUCUCAAAGUGCAAAGACCUUUGGAGUAUCUGAAAGCCAUGCUUAGCACCCGUUUUAAUUUUCAGGAUUCUUCGCAGAGUAGUUCGACCACUUCUGGGGCAACUUCUGAAGCACCAUCACUUGGCAGCCUCCUGACCAAGAUCAAAACGAAAAUCCUUGAUGUCGAUUUGUUUAAAGUCUUGGAAGAGAAUUCCCUUGCUCAAAUUGGUCUUAAGAAAAUCUUGAAGCAAGUGAAUGUUUUGGAAACUUCUGCUGAGAUUGGAAGUUUCGUGAUGGAGUUGAUGACUCUCAUUGACUUGGCCACUGCAGAUCUCCAUCGUCAAAGGGAUCUUACCGCUCAAAUCUCCUCCAAGUCUGAAACUCAAACUGCUGAAUGGGAUGCCGUUUCGACUUCGACUGACAAAGUUUCAAAAUUGCAAAAGCUCUCUGAAACGUAUGUUGAAGAAGUUGCUGCUUGCAAUGACAAUAUUCAAAAAUGGAAAACACAGAUAGCAGCACUUCAAGAAAAGAUCUCUCAAGAGGAGAAACGUAAGGCAUCCAUUCAGCAACCCAAGCAGAGCGAGAUUGACGAAGAAUUGAGGGUGGGUAUUCGACAUGCAGAGAAAGCCCAUCAACUUAGUCAGGAGAUUGAGACUCUCUCUACUCACAAAAGUCUUUGUGAUCAUCGACUCCAACUCCAGAGGCAGAAGUUCGCCACUUUGAAGGAAACUUUUGCCAAUUUUAAUUUUUAGUCGAAUUUAUUUAGCAACUCUCAGCCCUUUGAGGCUUUCUUUGUAAUAACUUUUGAAUGCCAUUUUUAUUUGGCCCA